CCGCCUCCAGUCCGCCGCAGAUACUCGGAGCGGCCACAUGACAGUCUGCGCUCGGUCGUCGCUGAGGAACGUGCCGUGAACACUGUAGAGUAGAGACGUGGAGCGGCCAGUGUGGAGUACCGUGAGAGUAGCGCGAGCAGUGAGGAGAGCAGGAGCGGCAGCUGUGUGUUCAGUGCUGCCGGAGGAGCAGUGUAGUGUCGCGGGGCGCGCUUACCCCCCUGCGCCUCUCAUUUCCAUAUGGGCGCCCCCCCCGCGGGGAGGUGGCGGUGGUGGGCCAGCCCGCGCAUACUCGCCGCCACAUUUACCUACUAAUUCUCGCCGAGGCGUCAUUACGAUGUGCAGACGGUGGGUGGCGGCCGCGGAGGUCCCACGCUAGUGAUACUUGUGCAUGUGUGGUGGUGGUAGUGGCGGCUCAGUGUGGUGUUGUGGCACAUGGUGCUAGUGCCGCCCGCACCACGUGUAGCCUACCCUGUGGCACUGCCGGGCAAGGGGGCCAGGCACUUGCUACCCAUCACGACAAGACAACCCGCCGCGACCUUACCCAGCAGCACCAGCAGCAGGAGGAGGGAGGCGUGCAGCUCACGUGCCCAGGCCAGCCACGGCAGGAGCAUGUGGUACGCCCAGCUCAGGGACGAUGUGGACCUCAGAUGGUGCGUGGAGGUUGAGGGCUGUGACUAGUGGAGGCGCCGUGCCCGUUCCGCCAUGCCCGGAGAGGAGCGGGGAGAGCCGCCUCUGAAGGGAUGCCCCCCGGCCCCCCCACACCCCCCUGCUGACCCUCUCGACACCCCCAACCACCCCCAGGAACAGCAACACGUCCCCCCGGAAAUGAGUCCCGAGGACGCUCCCUCUACCUCCCCCUUGGCGGGCGAGGAGGGCCCAGGGCCCCUCCCCCAGCAAGGACCCAAUGCCACCUCGUCGUCGUCGUCGGCGGCACCAUCAGCGUCGCCGCCCGCGACGUUCAACCUGACGUGCAUGACGUGCCACACCCACUUCACGUCGGCGGAGCAGUACACGCGCCACCACUGCGUGGCCUCCUCCGCCGCCCAGGACGCCAUUAACGAGUCGUCCAGCGACGUGGAGAAGUUCGACGGCAAGAUCGUGUACAACCCCGACGGGUCGGCCUACAUCAUCGACUCAGAGAUGAGCGACGACGAGGGCGUGGCGGGUCUGGAGUUGCCGCGGCACGAGGGGUCCAUUGUGGACUCCCCGCGCCACCCGCUCUCCUCCACCGCCGCCCCCACCAUCCCCACCAUCGCUAACGCCAUAUACGUCACUAAGAACCCCGCCUUCUAUACCGCUCUUUACGGUCAAACCUUCACCUCGCUAAUCCAGGAAAACAAAGUUCCUGAAGUCCCCAUUGUUCACAACUACAGGGUCUUUACCGUUGGUGAUAAGGACAGUGAAACUGAGUGUAAAGACAGUGAUAGCAAAAAUAGUUCCAGUGAGAAAACAAAACUUCCAUUAUUAGACUACUCGCAAGUUCCAAUUAAACCUAUAUUGAUGUGUUUUGUAUGUAAGUUGUCUUUUGGAUAUGUUAGAUCUUUUAUUGCCCAUGCGAUGGGCGACCAUAGUGUAGUCUUACUGGAUGAGGAGAGAGACCUCCUGGCGGCCAAGAACGCCUCGGCCAUCAUCCAGUGCGCGGGUCGGGAGAAGGAGCCGCGAGUGUCGUUCCUAGAGCCAGUGACGCCCCCAGGUGCCGGCAGCAGCAGCAGCAGCAGUAGCAGCAACAACUGCAGCAGCAGCACCCAGCACGGGGGCGCGCUGGCCACCCUGCUGCCCUCCGGGGCCCCCAGCGGCACCUCCCCCAGCCCGCAACCCUCACCCGCAAGGGCCACGCAUAACAACGACGCCCACCACGACUUUAUAGAUGAUGAACGUACCAAUGCAGUCAAACGUGAAAUGCCUGACUUUUACGAACUUGUCCGUCAGCAGCACCAGCAACAACAGCAGCAGCAGCAACAGCAGCAGCAGCAUCUUCAUCACCACCACCAGCAGCAGCUCCAGCAGCAGCAGCAACAGCGGUCUGACCCCUUCGCUACCCCUCAGCACCCAGCUGCUGCUCGGACGCCGGACCUGAGCCGCAAGUCGCCCAUCUCUGCGCUCGGAGCCAACGGUCGGGCUUCUGUUUCCCCGGUGACUUCGAUGUCACCGACGAGCUUCUCGCCGUUGCAGUCCCCCGUUGCGCAGCUGACGGGUACCAUAAUCGGCGCAUGUCCCGAGCACAUGAACGGUCGGCCUCAGGGAGUUAAUUGCGAGAAGUGUGACCUCAUUCUGCAACAAUCACGCCAGCUGGGCGGGCAGAUGGCUUUCAUGCAUUCUCGCAAUUCCUGCAAGACGCUCAAGUGUCCCAAGUGCAACUGGCACUACAAAUACCAGGAGACGCUCGAGAUCCACAUGAAGGAGAAGCAUCCGGAGAACGAGUCUACUUGUAUCUACUGCCUCACUAAUCAGGCGCACCCGCGUCUCGCUCGAGGAGAGACCUACACCUGCGGCUACAAACCCUACCGCUGUGAGGUGUGCAACUACUCCACUACCACCAAAGGCAACCUCUCAAUUCACAUGCAGAGCGACAAGCAUCUAAACAACAUGCAGGAGCUGCAGAAUGGAGGCAUGCCUACCAUGGACGGCUCGAUGGGCUCGCAGUCGUUAACAUCUCAACAACAGAGCCCAUCCGGCAGUAUUUACUCCGCGCCCAAAACCCCCACGCCGUCCACCACGCCGGCACCCACGCAGCAGCAGCAGAAGCCCAAACCUGUGUGGCGCUGCGAUGUCUGCAACUAUGAGACCAAUGUUGCACGCAACCUUCGCAUCCACAUGACUAGCGAGAAGCACACCCACAACAUGAUGGUGUUGCAGCAGAAUGUAAAGCACAUGCAACAGCUGAGUGCUUUGCAAGGAGGCGGAGGGGGCGGGGGCCAGUUGGACCCCAUGGCUCUGUUGCAGUAUGCCGGUAACCCUGCCGCCGCCGCCAUGAUGGCAAGCUUAGGCGUGGGAGAGAAACCUCACCUGCCAGAGGCAGCUUUAGCAGAUCUCGCCUACAACCAAGCGCUGCUUAUCCAGAUGAUGUCCGGUGGCCAGUUACCUGGCGGCCAUAUGGGUCCUGGGGGCCCUCCGGGACACGGCGGGCACUUGGGUCCUGGGGGCCCUCCAGGACAUAGUGAUCACCCGGGCCCACACUUCGACUUGGGUCUUAAUCCUGAGUCACUGGAGCCGCCGCCAGAGCCUGUGCCGCCCAACCCGCGUCACGCCUUCACCUGCUGCGUCUGCUCUGUCUUCUCCACCGACUCCCUGGAGCAGCUCACUCUCCACUUGCAGCUGGACCGCUCCAAGAUCAACGAAAACGAGGUCUUGCUGGUAGUAGCGGGUAAUUACAUCUGCAAGCUGUGUUCGUACAAGACCAACCUCAAAGCUAACUUCCAGCUGCACUGUAAGACGGACAAACAUCUCCAGAAGCUGCAGCACGUCAACCACAUCCUGGAAGGCGGGCCCCGCAACGAAUGGAAGCUCAAGUACCUGUCCAAUACCAACCCGAUGCACGUGCGGUGUAACCUGUGCGAGUACUACACCAAUAGCGUCCACAAGCUACAGUUGCACGCCGCCCACCAGAGGCACGAGGUCCUCAAUGUUCUCUUCCGCCACCUGUGUGUGGCGGAGCACACUAUUAUGGACGACCGGCGCCUCUACACCUGCACCCUCUGUAACUUUACCACCCGCGCCAAGCUACAGAUGCUGCACCACAUCCGUUCCAUGCGUCACCUGCAGAUGGAGCAGCUUCACCAAAUCCAGCGGCACGCCGAGGGCAAGGGCGGCACCCAGCAGGACAUCGGCGACAUCUUCAGAGUUGAAGAAGCUGAAGAAGAAGGAGGACGUCACUCUCCGCCCGAGGAGCCCAAAGAGGAAGCGGGUCGGUCCCCGGACCACGUGCACGCGUGCCCCUUCUGCCACUUCACCUGCGAGUCGGAGUCGACGUUGCAGCAUCACGUGGAUGGUGACCAUGGCGGGGAGAAGAAGGCGGGUAUGAGGUGUCCGCUGUGCGAGGAGGCGUGUCCCGACAUGUCCGCGCUGGAGAAGCACGCCAUCAAUAUCCACUCCGUUAACUCUGACGGCCUCCAGCGGCUCUUGCUGCUUGUUAGACUCAGUGCUGCUGCUGCUGGUAAAGGCGAUGAUGACGACGACCAUCACCCAAACCAGAGUGAACAGCAUCAUCGGUUGCAGGAACACCUCCAGCAUCGGCACCCGCCGAAGCUGGAUGAUAACCAGUCAUCAGGUGGUGCAGGUAAGCGAGGUGAUGAGCGGGGCGUGGGCCGGGAGCAGGAGGAGUGUGGCGUAUGUGGGCUGGCCUGUGCCUCCAUCGAGGACCUGGUGGCUCACCAGGCAACUGCGGGCCACACACCAAUCACUGAGACCCCUCGUGGCCCGGGCUACCUGUGCUGGAAGAAGGGCUGCAACCAGUACUUCCAUGCAGCCCAGGCGCUGCACAGUCACUUCCGGGAGGUUCACGGCGCUGUCCCCAGACCCUCAGUGGCCGUGUCUGAGCGCCACGUGUACAAAUACCGCUGCCAGCAGUGCUCACUGGCAUUUAAGACUGUUGAGAAGCUGCACUUGCAUGCUCAGUACCAUGCUAUUCGAGACGCUACCAAGUGUCUGCUGUGCCACCGGAAUUUCCGUUCCCUGACUGCACUGCAGAAGCAUGUAAGCUCAGAUCACCCCGAGCUGACGGCCUUGGAACGUCACCAGUUCCAAGCGUCCAUCGUCGGAGCACCGGUGGGGGCUGGGGCGGGGCCUGUCCUCGACCCCAACACCACAGCCCUGCUCCGUCGGGAGUCGAACAAGGGGGACGAGUUGGAAGAGGUGACAAGAGUAGUGGAUGAGCCACAGCUCCCGCCCCAACAACAGGCCAUUGAGGACUACCUCAACUCAGACACGAUGGCUCUGGAUAACUACAGUGACCCGGCCAGACGCUUCAAGUGUCACCGGUGCCGAGUAGGCUUCACCAGGCAGAGUUACCUCACCGCUCACCAAAAGACUCUGCUCCACCGUCGGGGUGAGAAGCUAACUUACCCAAUGGAAAAAUAUCUCGACCCCAACAGACCCUAUAAAUGCGACGUCUGUAAGGAGUCGUUUACGCAGAAGAAUAUUCUGCUUGUACAUUAUAAUUCAGUCAGUCAUUUGCACAAGCUUAAAAAAGCUAUGCAAGAUAAGGAGACCAAAGGUACUCCAAGUAAUACUCAGACCCAGUCUGAACUGAUUACCAUUGAGGGCAGAAGCACUCCUCUGGGGGACGGCCAAGCCGGUCCCCUGCGGGGUAGCAUGCUCGGGGCGGGGGAGGAGGAGGAGCGUAACAAGCCCUACCGGUGUCACGUGUGCCGGGUAGCGUACUCCCAGCAGUCCACUCUAGACAUCCACCUCCGCUCCGUACUCCACCAGACACGAGCCUCCCGCCUCCCGGAGUACAGUCCAGCCGCCCACCUUGACUCCUUGCGCCCACUAGUCGACCACUUACCCACACCCACUACCCCGCAGCCCUCCCCAGCCCCACAUCACGACGCCCACACUCCUCGCUCCCCUUCUAACUCCCAGGGCACCCCUCCAGGGUUGCACCACCAAGGCAUCUCCCCCUCCGGUAGUAUUGGUAGCGGCGGCCAGGGAAGCUGCGGACGGUGCGGCGGCGUGUGGAACACAGCAGAGCAAGGGGCGCAGCACGCAGUGCUGUGUGGUCUUCUACCACCUCACCUCGCAUUCCUUCCUCACGCCGGCAGCAGUUUGAGUCCGUCAGCCACCCUGGACGCCGCAUGGGCCUCCCUCUGCGUCGCCUCCCACCUGCCCCCGACUCAGCCCCACGACCGCUCUCUCUCUCCAUCUGAAUGUUCCAUAGAAUCUCUCUCUACCUCUAGAUUCACUGUACCUUUCAGAAAGUCUUCACGCCUUCACAAGCACCUAUUAGAAAGCUUUGGCUUUGAUCUAGUUAUACAUCAUGUUGAAAAUCAACAAAUUAGUCCUUCAAAAGACCCUGAGGAAGGGGCUUCUGAGGACGCUAAAGACAAAUCCAUUUCUAAUUUGCCUGAACUAAGUAAAUCUAAAUGUCCUCAAUGUUAUAAACAAUUUUCUAGUGUAUGGGUUUUAAAAGCCCACUUAGAAGAAAUUCAUGAGUCAGGUGUACCUUUUGAUUACCUUAAGAAAUUCUCAGAUGAGUACCGUAAAGAGUACAAUACUAGUCGGCACUGCUCUAGCAGCGAUCCCUCUGCUCUUACAGAUGAGGAGCGAGGCCGGGACGCGGAGAUCGUCCAGGGGGGAGACAAGGGGACUUCAGAUGAGAGAGAGAAAGAGGCAGAGUCAGGCAGCAGGAGCGACGCCGCGGCCACGCCCACCUCUCGUGCCACGCCUACUCCCGGCAUCACGCCCACCUCCACCUCCGCCUGCUCCAUCUCCCCCGCAGCCGAUCACCAGGGUAUGAAUGUGCCGCCGCAGAUGGCAGAGAUGGCAGCUGCACUUAAUGCCCUGACUGCAGCCCAGAUGCAACAGAUGCAGUUCAAUCCCAUGAUGAUGGCAGGAUUGGGUUUGGCGGCAGGUAUACCACUGCAACUCAACCCUUUGGCUGCCAUGAACCUCCACCCACCUUUGGCGCCCAUGCUGCCUCCACACAUGUUUGAUCACAUGGCCCUAGCCAGUAUGCAGCAGCAGGGACCACCUACUUCAGGGCCUUCAGGCCUCCAAGGUGAUCAUUCAGUAUUCAUCAAGCAACAGCAGCAGCAGCUUCUUCAGCAGCAGCAACAACAACAAGCUGCAGCUGCAGCAGCGGCCGCUGCCGCAGCUGCUCAGCAAAAAAGAGCUCGAACACGAAUCACUGAUGAACAACUUAAAAUCCUUAGAGGUCAUUUCGACAUUAACAACUCUCCCACCGAGGACCAGAUCAACGAGAUGGCCAAGCAGAGUGGGCUGCCUCCUAAAGUGAUUAAGCAUUGGUUUCGCAACACGCUGUUUAAAGAACGACAACGUAGCAAAGAUUCGCCGUAUAACUUUAGCAUCCCGCCGUCCACCACACUUAACCUAGAGGAGUAUGAAAAGACAGGUGAGGCCAAGGUGAUGCCGCUCAACCCAGAGGAGGCGCGCGAGAUUGUGGCGAUCAGCAACGCCCGGGAGGAAGAGAGAGUUGCAGAACGCAUCCCAAAGGAGCAGGAAGAGCCAGCCCCUGAACGCGCCGCCGCCAUGUCUCCGCUCAACAAAGUUCCUAGUCUUAACCAAGACAAUAGCCGAGUACAAGAAAAGAGCGGGGACGGCUUAGGUGGAUCAGGUGGCCUGAAUAGUCAGCAACAACUCCAGCAACAUCAGUCACGGGAACAACAACAUCAACAACAACUGUUGGAACAACAACAACAACAACGGGAGCAGCAGUCACAACCAUUGCUUCCUCCACAUCACCAACAACAAGUAAGCAGUGGUCCCCAACUGGUGUCGUCAGCGUCGUCGUCCCCUCUGGGGCUGCCGGCAACCUCAUCGUUCACCUCCCUGGCCUCACCUCAGUCAUCAAUGUCACUCACCUCACUCAUUACCUCCCAGCUUGAGACCAACCCCAUGCUGGCUCACAAGCUGCCUCACACACCACCCACAGUUCCUAGUUCUGGCCUUAUUCCUCCAAGCUCAGGUGUGAGUCCCACGCCGCCCCAUUUGUCCUUCCCAUCAACUCCACUCUCUGCCCCUCACACCCCUACCUCUUCCUGCUCCAGCACGGGCAAGCGAGCCAACCGCACCCGCUUCACUGACUACCAGAUUAAGGUGCUACAAGAGUUCUUUGAGAACAACGCCUACCCUAAGGACGAUGAUCUGGAGUAUUUAUCCAAGCUGCUCAACCUAUCACCACGUGUCAUUGUGGUGUGGUUUCAGAACGCCCGACAAAAGGCACGCAAAGUGUACGAGAACCAGCCACCCAUUGACCCAAACGACGAAGGCGCGGGCAGGUUCACGCGGACGCCGGGCCUCAAUUACCAGUGUAAGAAGUGCUUGCUUGUCUUCCAGCGGUACUAUGAGCUCAUCCGACACCAGAAGACUCAUUGCUUUAAGGAAGAAGAUGCCAAGCGCUCAGCUCAAGCGCAAGCAGCUGCAGCCCAAGCAGCAGCUCUGUACAAUGACGAGAACUCCAACCACUCCAGUGUCACUGAUUCGUCACAGCAGUCUGGAGGACUAGACUGCAAGUCCAGUGAGGGUACUUUUCAGUGUGAUAAGUGCAGUCUGAUAUUUAAUAGGUUUGAACAGUGGCGGGAACACCAAAUUGUUCACCUUAUGAACCCUGCACUCUUUUUAAACAAGGGUGCUGAUUCUCCCUUUACCAGCAUACAGCAGCAGCAACAGCAGUCUCAACCUCCACAGCAGCCACAACAGGCGCCCACAUCCAUACCUCAGCCCCAGCCCAGCCCCCUCUUGCCCCCUGCCUCGCCUCUGAAGCGUAAAGCUGACGAGAGUGAGGAUGAGAGAGAGAGCAUGAUCGGGGCCAGUGAGGCCCAGAGGGACAAACGGCUCCGCACCACCAUCCUUCCGGAGCAGCUGGACUACCUAUACCAGAAGUACCAGAUGGAGGCCAACCCGUCGCGGAAGAUGCUCGAGACCAUUGCUCAGGAAGUGGGUCUCAAGAAGAGGGUCGUCCAAGUCUGGUUCCAGAAUACACGAGCGCGAGAACGGAAAGGUCAGUUUAGAGCUCAUGCACAAGUGAUUAACAAAAAAUGUCCCUUCUGUCCUGCUAUCUUUAAAGUCAAGUCUGCUCUUGAGUCGCACCUUUCCACUAAGCACGCGGAGCAUUACUCUAAGGGAGAUGUGGACAUUGAUGCACUACCUGAUGUAGAAGACUCUGGUGUUGGGAACUUCGGCCUGUCUUCAACUCCUUCUGCAACUCAAGCUUCUCAAGUGAUGCCCUCUUCUCUCUUCUCCUCAGAAGUUCCGGAAGACUCGAUAGCCAUGUACCACGAGGAGGCAAUCCGGCGGUACCUGAACGAUGUCAACUUGUCAUCAGAUGGUACCCGACGAGAAGGUGAGAGUCCCCUUGAUCUCAGUAAACCCUUAGACAUUGUGCGGCCGUUGGGGUUUGACUCUUCUAUACUGGACAACACCAACGAGCAGCUGGACGACCACUCUGACGAGGAGAGCUACCACCUGGACAUGUGCGAGCACGACGAGGGCGACACCGGCUUGAACUCUCACGAGAGCAACCCGACCUCGCCCGCCUCCUCCACCACCAGCUCCGCCAAGCAGUCCGGGUUCAUGCAUGGGGCUCCCAACAAACGGUUCCGCACCCAAAUGUCGGCAACGCAGGUCAAAAUCAUGAAAAGUGUGUUUCAGGAUUAUAAGACGCCUACAAUGGCGGAGUGUGAGUUGCUGGGGAGGGAGAUAGGGCUAGCCAAGCGUGUGGUGCAGGUGUGGUUCCAAAACGCGCGGGCAAAGGAAAAAAAGGCGAAAUUGGCUCUGCAAAAAGUGCUUGGUACUGAGCCAGAGGGUCCUAAACCACCUGAGGAGUGCAAAGUGUGUAACUUUAAGUACAGUCAUAAGUACUCUAUUCAGGACCACUUGUUUACGCGCUCACAUAUCGAAAACAUGAAAGUAUUCCUGGAAAAGGUGAAGGAAGAGAGUGAUGCGGCAAGCCUAAAUUCUAGCCUGAGCUCGAUGUCUGUGGACGUCGAUCGGCCGCCCUCCUCGAUGACGCCCGCGGCCGGCCUGGCGCAUCAGUUGCAAAUGGCGCAGCUGAUGGCGCUUGGGUCACCACCAUCUGCCGCCGGUGCCACCGCUGGUGAAGAAAAGAAGGGUGGCCCUGGUGGGAGCAGCAACACCGACGACCUGAGUCGCCUGCAGCUCCUGCAGCAGAUGUAUCAGCAGAUGGGUCUCGGGGGGCUGCAGGGGGCGCCGCACCCACUCCUUCAGCACGCCAUGAUGGCCGGCGCCGGUGAGUAGCGGUCCCCCUCCCUCCCAUCACUGUCCGCACCCGCUGCCCGUCCCGCCCACACACCACCCAGCGCCGCCCGCACGCUACCCCGCCCUACCCAGCCAGCCCCGGCCACGCUUGCCAGGGAACCACUACUACACCUGCUCACACUCACUAUGUGCUGUGGGCCGCCCUAUGAGGCCCGACAGUAAUAUGUUCGGCCCGGUCGAGUAGUGAGCAGCAGCAGCAGCCUCUGGGCAGGCCUGGCCGGGGCUGGCGUAAGUGUAGCUUGGCCCCUGUCACGCUUUAUCCUCCCUGGCAGCGUCACGCUUGCCGGUGUUGCUGCUGCUGGCCCCACCCUGUGUUCACUCUCGCUUGUCCAGACCCGUUCUGUCAACUCCUGUGUCUGUGUCAAGCCCAAGCCCAGGUCGCGCGUGGGAAUACGGACAUGCUGUUACCCCACUCGUGAAGAGACAAGUCUGUUGCUUACUGUGUUGAUGUUUAAUUGAUGGCAUUUUUUGCAAAGUUACGAAAGUUCCGGAUAUCAGGCCUUACUCUGAGUCUGAGGCCUUACAAGCUUCACUAGAGCUGGUUUUAUGUAAUUUUUGUGUAAUCCUCUAGGACUGUGCGUCACGUUGGUAGAUCAUAGAGUAUAAAGCCUAUUAAUGGUGAAACACUAUCAUACCUCGCAACAAAGCAUAUGAAUUAAAUGUAACUAAAAAAAUGAUUUUAGCGCACCAGAAUAACGCUGUAUACUGACUUACUAGAUAAUGUUCCUACCACUUUUUAUGCUAAUCACGUGAUGAAUGUUUCUGAAGGCAUAACUAUUAUUUUUCACUAAUUUUAUUAGAGCCCAAAAACAAUCAGUAGCAGAUUUCUUAAAACAAAAAAGAUUAAAUAAUCGUCUAUUAAUAAAGUUAAUAUGAGAUGACUGUAAAUUGACUAGCUUAUACAUUAGGUCUGCUUAUAGAGAUGGUAUUUAGGCGUUAGUGUGUGCAUCCUCUUCUCCCUCCCACUUAAUAGACGCAAGUAACCUUCACUAUACACCACCCGGAUUUUUAGUCGCUACACAAGGGUCUCUUUAUUUUCAAGUAAAUUUACACUGACUACAAAAUGAACAUUAUAUAUAUAUAUAUAUAUAUAUAUAUAUAUAUAUAUAUAUAUAUAUAUAUAUAUAUAUAUGAGUACAAGACGUCUUCAGACUCGAACUUGUUUGUAACCCUUGGAGUGGUGACGAGAAACCCGGGUCAUUAGGGCGUUAAAAACAUCUCUUUGUAUCUACCACAAGCAACAGGUUCCUGAGAUAAUGCGGAUAAUCACGAGUGAAUUCAUACAAAUCCCGACCAUAGAUUCCUCAUCAGUCUUCCACACCCAACCUACCCAGCUGAAUGUAGUCAACUACAAGCAAUUUAAAUAUAAAUUCCCUGUCAAAAGAUAGCUCUUUAUAUAUUUAUAUUAUAUGUAUGUAUAAUGUAUAUGUAUAUU